AUGCAUCUAGUGUGCCUUGGUCAUAUGCCAUCUCUCAUUAAACGUUGGUGUCAAAGUAUCGACCGAUCAACAAUUCGUUCCAUCGAUUCUGCACUUGAUCAACUUUGUUUACCACACAACGUUAAUGUACCAUUUUUGGAUUCGAUAUUAAAUGCCAGUCAAUGGAAAGCGAAGAAUAGUCGUUUAUUCGUUUUGAACGUUGGUGUGCCAAUUGUUACAUUACAUCUUCCACAGCUUUUAGCCUCACAUUUUUUACUUUAUUCAAUGGCAGUGAAAAUGCUUCAUGCUCCUGAAUCUAUCGAAGAAAUAAAUUUGGCUGAAGACUUAAUGAAUUAUUAUUGCAAGACUGCUGGUUUAAUACAUGACUGCUCAAUCGAGAUAUAUUCACUCCAUGCUCAUAUUCAUCUUGCUCAGCAAGUUAGAAAACAUGGUGGUCUUGCUCAUACAUCUGCGUUCGGCUUCGAGUCAUGUAUUCGUUUUAUUAGUAAGAAGGCUCAUGGUAGUAAACAUCUUGGUACACAAAUAUCUUAUUGGAUUGAUCUUCAAACAAUCAUGAAUACACAUCCAGUGAACCCGCCAACAGUUACAACCAUCAAUGAAAUUAAAUGGUUGGAUAAUCGUCUUGAUCCGUAUCGUACAAUGCUUGAUCAACAAAUUGUAUUAAAUGCAGCCAAUCUUAAUUCAUGUAACUUUUAUCUGCGAUUAAAAAGUCUCUUUGUCAUAUAUCAUACUACGAUUUACAGCCAACCAUUCAAAUGUAAAAGUUAUAUCAUUUCAUAUAUUGAUUCAAUUAGCAAAUUGGUACAUUAUGGAAACAUUAUACUCUUUAUGAAAGAAGGCUCACGUUUGUUUGCCUUUGUGCAAAAGUAUACGUUAAAUUCAACAUUGAUUACAGAUUAUUUAGAUAUUCCAUCAUCAUUACAUUCUCAAGCGAAUAAAUUAUUUCCAAUAUUACGAUUAACCAGCACAUUUGUUCUGAUUCCUGUCGAUUCCAUAAGACAUAAAUGUGUAAAUAUUCCUUUUAAGGAUUACUGUUGUCUAUCAGAAGUACGUAUCGAUUACGAACAUGACUAA